AUGGCCGACGUGGUUCUUGGCAAACCCGCCAUGAGCGAGUACCUGACGCCCGAUGCCUCGCCCUAUUUUGGCUGCACUGUUGGUCGAGUCGGCAAUCGCAUCGACAAAGCCACCUUCCACCUCGACGGCCAAAUGUUCGCCUUGCCUCAUCUCGGCUGGCUGCUCAACCCCUCACCUUUUCGCUUUAUUCCAGAGGCUAGCUUCUCAUACCUCUGUCCGUGCUGGGCCCUGAUCCUUUCUUUCUUGGGAGAUUACAGGUACAAAGUGGACCAGAACGACGGUGACAACCACUUGCACGGAGGAUUCAAUGGAUGGGAUCAACGCCUGUGGUCGGCCGCCGGCCCCGCCGGCCCCGCAAGCUGGCAUUUAGAGCUGCGCUCCCCUGAUGGCGACGCAGGCUAUCCCGGAAAUGUCGAUGCCACCGUUGCCUUUAACGUGGCUGAAGACAACGCCCUGGACAUGGUCUUUACAGCCACCACAGAUGCCCCGACCAUCAUCAACAUGACUCACCACGGUGCGAUCGAGAUCAUGCCCAAGCCCCUCCGCACCGCCACCUUUGUUCCCGCUCACGGCACACCCCGACUCCAACGCCCGCCAUGUUCUGCAGGCUACUUUAAUCUGGCAGGCCACGACAGUGGACCCGUGGAUGAUCAACUGGUUACCGUCCAUGCCGAAAAGUACACGGCCGUCCACCCCGAUCUCAUCCCCACAGGCCAACUGGCUCCAGUCUCUGAACUCGGCCUAGCCAAUGGCCAGCCCGAGCGCUUUGGUGCCAUCUUUGACCACAUGCGCCGCGUGCAGAACAUGCCGGGCCUGGAUCACAACUUUGUGGCCAGCAGCACCAUCCAUGACGGUGAUCUCGCGCUCGUGGCAGAAAUGUAUGACCCCGCGUCUGGACGCCACAUGGAGGUUUGUCCCAAUCCUGAGCCCCUUAUCCCUCCGCAGGACAAACUCGACGCCAGCUGGCUGGCCCGGCUCAUUCGGUGA